AUGGCUUUGAUAUUCUCGUCGAGCCUCUCUGCUCCAUUGCGAAGAACGCCCUCCAUAUCUUCCCUUCAUGCUCGGUCCAGCUCCUUCAUCUCCUCGUGCCAAUGCUCUAGGGCGCCAUUGCUCCAAUUCUACACUCAGUCGGCGUCAAUCCAAUCCCCACGACCCAGACCAUCCUCGCCUCUUCUCUCCCUGCGCUCCCAGCAAUCCCGUUCCAUAACCACACGUAUCACCAAGCCCUUUUCAAAAUCAAAAUCCACGCUCAAAGACACAACGGCAUCCCAAAGCUUAUCCGCCGAAGACACGGCUCACCCGCCCGUUCUUCCUCUCACCAAUCUUCCCUAUUUCAUCCGCCGCACCCCUUCGAAUCAACUGCCUGUGUAUCUCGUCACGAAAGCGGGAGGCACGAGACAGGAAACCAAGCUACAAAAAACAGAAGGCGAUGUCGAUGCGCUGCGAAACGAUUUGAUAAAGGCCCUAGGAAUGGAACAGAAUCCUAAUGAUGUGGUGAUCAAUCGGCUGAAUGGCCAUGUAAUUGUGAAGGGCUGGCGAAAACCUGAAAUACAGCAAUUCCUUUUAGAUCGCAAGUUCUAA